AUGAAGAAAGACGAUGGAUUUGCGGACCAGCCCCCCAAAGACGCAGCUAUCCAGGUGAUAUGUCUGGGAGCCGGUGGCGGUCCAAACGAAGAUAGCGUCACCGGCCUACUCGUGCGCGCCACGGCAUCGAAAUGGUCGAGGAACUCUAUUCUGGCCAUCGACGCGGGGACGCAUCUGGCAUCCAUCACAAGAAUCCUGGAGCAACAUUUCCCCUCGGUCGUGCAGAACACCCCGACGUCUUCACGCGUGCGCUUUGAGGACAACGAGACUUCCCCCAGUCCGACCAAUACCUCAUCACAACAAGAAAGCUCGGACGCAGGGUCCGAGAUCUCUUGGCGAUCGGCUUCGCCUCAGCCGACAAUAACGACGCUAAGCUCGGGAGCCUUUGCUGGCCUGCCAUUUCCGCACGCUUCAGCACGCGCAAACGCCGUGCAUGUAGUCCGCGAACACGUCGCAACCUACCUCAUCACACAUCCGCAUCUCGACCACCUCUCUGGAUUUGUCAUUAACACUGCCGCCUUUCAUAAUACGUCCAAGCCGAAGCGUCUAGCUGCUCUGCCGUUUACUGUCAACUCUAUCAAAACCCACAUCUUCAAUGACGUCAUAUGGCCCAACCUCACCGACGAAGACGGAGGGGUAGGAUUUGUUACUUUCCAACGAUUAGCUGAAGGUGGCCAUCAUGCUCUUGGAGAUGGUCCUGGAAGGGGAUACAUCGAAGUUUGUGAUGGAUUGGGUGUGAAAGGGUUCAAGGUCAGCCAUGGGAAUUGCAUGAAGGGACCCGGACACAUCCACAGAGGCAGCAGCGUUCAGAUCUCGGAGAUUGGCCCUAAUGGUUUACCGCUUCCACCGCAUGGACCUGGUGUGGCAGAUGGAAGAUCCCUCUCGGUGUCGCAACCUUCGGCACCCGGAACGCCCAUGUUUACCGGCGCAUCUGGUACAUCGGUGCCGCCACUGGAUAUGGGCAUGCAGCAAUGCGUCGUUGACAGUUCAGCCUAUUUCAUUCGCACUGAGCUGGGUACUCAUUAUUCGUCAUCCUCACGCCCACCCCCGGCCCGGGAAAUCCUUAUUUUCGGCGAUGUCGAGCCUGAUAUGCUUUCGCUCUCGCCUCGCACCGCUCACGUUUGGGCCGAAGCAGCACCAAAGAUCGCUAACGGAACCUUGAAGGCAGUCUUCAUUGAGUGCAGUUAUGCCGAUACUCAAGGAGAUGCUGUAUUGUUCGGACACCUCGCGCCGCGCCAUUUGAUAAAAGAGCUGGAAACCCUCGCAGAUAUGGUGAGAGAUGCGAAGAACAAGCUUGAGAUCGAGCGGGAAGAACAUCGAAAGGGCCGAAAGAGGAAACGGACAAGCACCAGCAGUACCAAUGGUUUCCUUUCCGGCACCGACGAUGACUAUUACAUUCGCCGACGUAGCCGGUCACGACAACAUUCCCGCACAUCCGCCGUCGCAGCAACAUCCGCUCCUACCUCGGCAGCCACUUCAAUCAAUGAAUACGCACCUGGAUCCAGUUCACGCACCAAUUCCAUUGCUCUCCUAUCUCCUGGCGAGAGGAUAAUGCGCGACUACAUGGACACGCCCACGCCCUCGGGCAGUCCAACGCCCACGCCAGGCCCAGAAACACCCGUCGCCAACGGCGCUUCGCACGCAAUGCAGCAGCAGCAAACCCUCCUCCAGCAGCAGGCUCCCCCGUCGCUCUCGGUCACUUCUUAUGCCGCCGCACCCGCAGUUCUCGACCCCCAAGCCGCGGAUGGGGAACAACAACAGCAACAACAACAGCAGCUUCAACAAGCCCAACGCCAACAAAGGGAACACGCGCCGCUGAAGGGCCUCCAGGUGGUCGUCAUUCACGUCAAAGAUACGCUCAUGGACGGUCCGCCGGUGGGUGACAGGAUCUUGGUCGAGCUCGAAAACCACGAGCGAAAUCUCGCGGAUGCCGGGAAGCCCCUGGGCUGCGAGUUUGUCAUCAGUCAUCAUGGCGGAAGCUACUGGUUCUAG